CAAAUGGAAUUUAAUGAAUGAAUGAAGAUAAAAAAAGAUAAACUGAAAUUAAUUAAAAUGAAAAAAGAUAAGGUAAAUGAAAGGACUGGAAGCUGAGUGAGCCCAUUGUUGUUGUUGACUCCUGAUACUCUCAGCUGAUUGUGUGAAGAAGACACGGACUGAAUAAAAAAUAAACUAUAUCCCAGCGUUCCGUUUAGAAACCCUCAAGGAUAUAAAAAUUGACACCAAAUCUUCUUCCCCAGUCAUAAAUUUCAUCCUUCUUUGCAGAACAAAGGCACGCAUAUAGGCGCAUCUGUCACGAUUUUGCGCGUUGAAUCCAAAUGUAUUUAUAUUCAAUGCAUUAAAGAAACGUCUUUUAUUCUGAGGGGAUGAUAAUACCAAGGGUAAAAGUUGGCACUUGGAAGAGACCUCGCUGCGUAAAAGGAGCGACCAUUGCGCAGAAUCUCUGCGCUCUCUUAUUUCCAGGAGAGGCACGCAUCUCCAUCACAGGAUGAUGCGAGUUGCGCGCUGAGUCGUUGCCUGCUCUUGGGCACCAGCAGGACCCAAAGUUGCGCAAAGAGCCUGAUCCUGCACAACUAUUGGCACCAUGUCAGCCGUGCGGAGGAAAUUCGGCGAGGACUAUCAGGUGGUGAACACCAACCGGACAAUGACUUUUUCCGCCCCUGUGAAGCGGAAGCGGCAGCGCUUCGUGGAGAAGAACGGCCGCUGCAACGUCCAGCACGGUAACCUUGGCGGGGAGACCAGCAGGUACCUCUCGGACCUCUUCACCACGCUGGUGGACCUCAAGUGGCGAUGGAACCUGCUCAUCUUCAUCCUCACUUACACGGUGGCGUGGCUAGUCAUGGCCUCCAUGUGGUGGGUGAUCGCCUACAUCCGCGGAGACCUGAGCCACGGCAGCCACGAGCCGCCCUACACCCCGUGCGUCGCCAACGUCUACAACUUCCCGUCCGCGUUCCUGUUCUUCAUCGAGACCGAAGCGACCAUCGGCUACGGGCACCGCUACAUCACAGAGAAGUGCCCCGAGGGGAUCAUCCUCUUCCUCUUCCAGUCGCUGCUGGGAUCGAUCGUGGACGCCUUCCUCAUCGGCUGUAUGUUCAUCAAGAUGUCGCAGCCGAAGAAGCGCGCCGAGACGCUCAUGUUCAGCCAGGACGCGGUCAUUUCGCAGCGGGACGGAAAGUUGUGCCUCAUGUUCCGAGUGGGGAACCUGCGGAACAGCCACAUGGUGUCGGCGCAGAUCAGGUGCAAGCUCAUCAAGUCUCGGCAAACCCCGGAGGGAGAGUUCCUGCCCCUGGACCAGUGUGAGCUGGAUGUGGGCUUUGGCACAGGGGCGGACCAGCUUUUUUUGGUGUCACCUCUCACCAUCUGCCAUGAGAUCAACAGCAACAGCCCGUUUUUCGAUCUCUCACAGCGGUCGCUCAUGAACGAGCAGUUUGAGAUUGUUGUUAUUCUGGAGGGCAUUGUGGAAACCACAGGCAUGACAUGCCAGGCAAGAACAUCUUACACUGAAGAUGAAGUCCUGUGGGGCCAUCGCUUCCUCCCUGUCAUGUCUCUGGAAGAGGGCUUCUUCAGAGUUGAUUACUCCCAAUUUCACAACACCUUCGAGGUUCCCACACCUCCUUACAGCGUCAAAGAGCAGGAGGAGAAGAACUCGUUGACAUCACCCAAUCCUCCUCCUGCUGUGCCCACGCUCCCCUCUCCUCUGCUGGGUAACGCUGGUCGCAUAAGUCGCAGAGAAAGGCUCCUGUCAGCCGACAAUGCCGAUCACGUGGAAGAACAAACCUUCAGGCUGCCCAGUAAACUCCAGCGAAUGAGCUCCACUAAGGAGGAGCACCUGUGGAGGGCACUGAAGACUGGGUCAGCAUUGCCUGGGGGUAAAGCCUCCAGCACAGGAGACCUGCCACUUAGCAUUCAGAGGUUAAGGUCCAGCUCUAUCCCGGUCGUGAGACAAGCACAGCCAGAAGAGCAGGUCCAACUGCUGUCUUUGGAUGGAGACGCCGAGGACGGUGAUCUGGAGAAACACAGACUUCUAUCAGUCUUCAACACCGUCGCUGCUCCAGCUCCGGCACCCCUCCACAUCCCUCUGGUAGGGAAUCGACCAGAGGACAACCUGCCCCCUAAACUGCGUAGAAUGAACGCUGACCGCUGAACUAACAUGAAAAACUCCAACAGACUUGACGGGCAUUGCCUAUAAACAAAGACUUUUGAUCUACAUUUUAUAAAUAUAUAUAUUUUCAGCAAUGUUGGUUCAAUAUGCUACAUUUAAAAACAAUUUCUCUGCUUAGUUGAUUGCCCAAAAAGGGCACAACACUAAUAAGCCAUCCAUCCGCUCAUACUGUGAGUCAGUUUGCCCCCCCC